GUGAGAGUGGGCCCGCAGGUGCGGUGGGCGCUGCCCUAAUCCAAGGUUCGCAGCGCUGGAGGGGCGCCCUUACAUCGUGGGUGGAAUUGGGUUUCCGCAGCCAGCAGGGCCCUGGAGGCGGAUCCUGGGAGAAGGAGCCGGACGGCGGCCAGGGGUCCUCUUCCUCCUCGACUCCUGCUUUGGAGUUGGUGGCCGAGCAGUAGCGCUUGAUCUGCUCGGGGUACAUCCAGUGUGGGUACAUCCAGCGGGGGGAAUACUUGCGGGUUGAAGCGGCCCGAGGUGAUAUCACAGGUCUCAAGGAGGUCGGGCAGGGACUUCUGCUUCUAUGAGUUUCAAAUUUGGACCGCGUGCUCCCCGGCUCCUGCCAUGGGGUCAUGAAUUAGGACCGAGAGGGAACAGAAAAAAACAGAACUUCUCCCAGCCACCCGGCAGCCGAAGCAGCCUUUAGGAGGGCACCGUCUCCUAGAGCUACGUCGGUUUCCAAAGCUGCAGCCCUUCUCUGAGAGGGAUACCAGGUGAUGGCAGCAGCCAUGCUCCUGACAGCCUGGCCCCAGAAGUCGGUGACCUUUGAGGAUGUGGCUGUGUACUUCACCCAGACGGAAUGGGAUGGCCUGUCCCCUGCGCAGAGGGCCCUGUACAGGGAUGUGAUGCUGGAGAAUUAUGGGAAUGUGGCCUCCCUGGGAUUUUCACUUCUCAAACCUGCUGUGAUCUCACGACUGGAAGGAGGAGUAGAUCUUGAUAUCCAGACUGGCAGUAAUUUGUCCAAAGAAAUGUGUGAAGAAAAAGUUAGUACAUCAUUUGAACUUCACAAGGACUCUUCCCAGGAAACAGAUUUUUCAGAAGCCUUUAUGCUUGAGCAACAACAGGAAGUCCACUUAGCAGGAAGUAUGAAGGAGGAAAACAGCAGUGUCACUGAUGGUACAGUGAAAAAUGAGACAAGUCCUAUGGAGGAGUGUCUCUAUAGUCAGAGUUCAAACUCAUUUCAAUAUCAUACCACGUCCACUGGAGAGCAACACCCUGGUUCUAUAGGACAAGAGAAAGUCUUCAGCUUUGACACAAAACUUGUUAAGCAUGAAAUAAUUGAUACUGAAGAAAGACCUUUGAAAUGUGAAGAAUUAGUGGAAACUUUAAAGUGUGACUCUCAACUUAAUCAGCAACUAGAAAGCCACACUAGUGUGGACAAACCUUUCAAAUGUGUGGAGUGUGGGAAAUGCUUCAGCUACAGUUCACAUUAUAUUACACACCAAAGAAUCCACAGUGGAGAGAAACCCUAUCAGUGUAAGGUGUGUGGGAAAGCCUUCAGUGUUAAUGGGAAUCUAAGUAGGCACCAGAGGAUCCAUUCAGGAGAGAAGCCCUAUCAGUGCCAGGAGUGUGGAAAUGGCUUCAGCUGUAGUUCUGCAUAUAUCACACAUCAGAGAGUCCACACCGGGGAGAAACCUUAUCAGUGUAAUGACUGUGGGAAGGCUUUCAAUGCUAAUGCAAAGUUAAUUCAACAUCAGAGAAUCCACACUGGAGAGAAACCUUAUGAAUGUAGUGAGUGUGGGAAAAACUUCAGGUGCAGCUCCCAGCUUAGACAGCAUCACAGUGUCCAUACUGGAGAGAAGCCCUUUCAGUGUAAAGAGUGUGGGAAAGCCUUCAAUAAUAAUGCAAAACUCAUUCAGCAUCAGAGAAUACACACAGGUGAGAAACCCUAUCAGUGCAAUGAAUGUGGAAAAGCCUUUAAUAUCAAAGGGAGGUUAAUUCAGCACCAGAGAAUCCAUACUGGUGAGAAGCCCUAUGAAUGUAAUGAAUGUGGGAAAGCCUUCAGGUGUAAUUACCAACUUCGGCAGCAUCUGAGAAUCCACACUGGGGAGAAACCCUAUGAGUGUAAUGAGUGUGGAAAGGCCUUCAAUGUUAGUGCAAAACUAGUGCAGCAUCAGAGAAUUCACACUGGGGAGAAACCCUUUGAAUGUAAUGAAUGUGGGAAAUGCUUUACCUCUAAAAGAAAGCUACUUGAUCAUCAUCGAAUCCAUACUGGAGAAAAGCCUUAUCAAUGUAAGGAAUGUGGAAAAGCCUUCAGUGUCAAUGCCAAGUUAACGAGGCAUCUGCGAAUACAUACUGGGGAGAAACCUUUUAAAUGUAUGGAAUGUGAGAAAUCAUUCAGCUGUAGUUAUUACUAUAUUGUCCACCAGAGAAUCCAUACUGGGGAGAAACCCUUUCAAUGCAAAGAAUGUGGAAAAGCCUUUCAUGUUAAUGCCUAUCUAAUUCGGCAUCAGAGAAGCCACACUGGGGAGAAACCUUUCCGAUGUGAGGAGUGUGGCAAAGGCUUCAGCUUUAGUUCUGACUAUAUUAUACACCAGACUGUCCACACUUGGAAGAAACAUUAUGUGUGUAAUGUGUGUGGGAAAGCCUUCAGAUUUAGCUUCCAACUGAGGCAACAUCAGAGUGUCCAUAAUGAAGGAAAAUCCUAAUAGUGAGAAUGAUGUAGAAAACUGAAGACUAAUAUUGAAAUGGAUUAUGUAUCAUCAGCUUCACCCUGGGGAAAUACCCUGAAAAAGAAAUGAAUAUAGCAGUCUUCUCAUGGAAACAUCUCCUGUUUUAUUCAGUUUUUAAUCAGGAGUGUAUAGUCAGUUAAAAAGUAAUAUCUAAAAAAAUGUAUAACAUUGUUUUGUGUUGACAGCCAAUCAGGAAACAUGAUUAAAGAAAAUAUCUCACUCCUAGCAACAUCAAGAAAAGUGAUUUUCUAGGUAUAAAUAAUUAUUUUGUAGGACCUGUAUGGAGAAAAUUAUAAUUAUCCACUGAGGGCCACCAGAAGAAACUUGAAUAAGUGGAGAAGAGAAGCCUUGUUCUUGCAUAGGAAAACCCAUUUUUUAAAGAUGUUCACUGUACCUAAAUUAAUUAAUUUCUGUUUAAUUUUUGGCAACAAGCAUGCAUUACUUUUGUAAAGAGGAAAAACAAUAAAAAUUUCCUUUUGAAAGGAAAA